GGAUGGCAUCCAUGCCGGUGUUCUUGCUGCUGCUGCUGCUGCUAGGGACAGCAGAGGUGGCAUCAGCGAAUACUUCGUUACCAGGCUGCCCAGAGAAGUGCGGCAAUAUCACCAUCCCAUACCCCUUCGGCAUCGGGCCCAACUGCUCUCUGGAAGGUUUCGAGGUCACAUGCAACCACUCAAAGCCUUUCAUGGGUACCAGCAACAUCGAGCUAAUCGAUGUCAACCUGACAACCAGGGUCCUACGUGUCCACUUUUACAACUACCGGAACUGCCUCUUCGGCAGCAACUCCACGGACAACACAGUUCCCCAAAUGAACUACUUCCUUGAUGGGCAAAGGAACGGGGUGACUCUGGCUAUGCUCUGGGCAGUAGGAAGCAUAAGCUGUGAGAAAGACAUGCUUGACACCACUUCUUACCUCUGUCGUAGCGAGAACAGUGAGUGUUUUGACACUCCCGACUACAGCAAUGGAUAUUAUUGCAGCUGUUCAGCGGGCUAUGAAGGCAAUCCCUAUAUCCCCAAUGGAUGCCGAGGUACUGAUCAUGAGUUUUAA